AUGAAAAGGCCUACUCUGCCUAUUCCCCUCCGCCCUGUCGGGUGGCGGAACGCGAAUCACGCUGCUCCAACGCCGCUCCUGCCUGUUUCACACGGGCAAGAAAUUCCCGCUGGACUCCGCCACGUGGCCGCACCAUCCGCCGGAGAUCCCGAGGGCAUCCGCGGCGUCGCGCGCGGCAACUGGGCGUCUAAGGGAAUGAUCGGCGCAAGGCGGUGGCAAUGGCGGGCGGGAAAGAAAGACCUUUCAGCGGAAGCCACGGGGGAGGAGGAGGAGGACGGGGGAAAUACGGCCGCGCGCACCGCACCUCGAUCGUUGUCUCAAGCUGCUGCUGAUUCGGGCGAUACUAAUACAGGCAGCAAUAUAGGCAGCAGCACUGUCGAUAGUAGUAGCAUCAUCCAGAUCGCAAAGCUCAAGAGGGGAAUCGCGCGGCCCAUUUCCGUCGCAAGUGGAGCCACUAAGACUCCCCUUUCCACCUCAUCCACGUCAGUUUCUGCGUCAUCCACGUCAUCAUCCGCGUCUGUGCCAACCCCCAUUGGCAUCAGCCCGCAUUGGAGCACUUACUGUACGGAUCGAUGCGGUGUCAUGUGGAAGCCAAUCCGAGUGUACGUGGUGUGGUACGGUUACUUCUCCGAGUCGCAGAAGCAGCUCGUUCGUACGCUGACAAGGUCGUUCAGUCCGAGCGACGAUCCAUCCGUUACAGUUCCCCUCUGGUGGAACAUCAACCGGCUGUACUACGAUCAACAGGGGCGUUUCAUCUCGUCGAAUGUAACGUGGGUGAAGGAGAAAGAUGACACGGGGUACUCCCGAGGGAAGUCCCUGUGGCUGGAUGACGUGGAAGCAGUGGUCUCCACGGCCAUUAAUACGAGCGAGCUGCCUUAUGACGAGGAUGGAGUGUACUUCGUGCUCUCGGACCAAUACGUGACCCAGCAAUGGAGUUCAACGGACAAGUUCUGCGCCACGUUCUGCGGGUGGCAUUUCUUCGGCACGGCGCCCUCCCGCGGCACCUUCAUCUACUCCUGGGUCGGCCGCGCUGACCGCCUCUGCCCCACGUCGUGCAUUGCAAGUGACAUCCGCACGGCCAGCAAGGCACCCAACAAGGAUGUGGGCAUGGAUGCGUUACUGUCGGUGUUCGCGCACGAACUGGCAGAGGCCGCCUCGUCGCCGUUCGUGGGAACGUGGUUCGAUGAGCAGGGCGAGGAGAAUGCGGACAAGUGCGCGUGGAAGUUCAACCCCAUUCUCACCGACUCAACAGGAGGCAAGUACAACCUGGUGGGGGUCAACGGCUUUAAGUUCUUCAUUCAGCACAACUGGGAUCUCACCACUGGCACCUGCCAGCUCACCAUGCCAUACCCCCCCGCCCCUCCUCCUCCCCCCUCCCCUCCCUCCCCUCCUCCGCCUCCCUCCCCUCCUCCCUCGCCUCCCUCCCCCCCUCCACCGCCCUCUCCCCCUCCCUCACCCCCACCCCCUCCCCCACCUCCAAGCCCCCCACCUCCCUCUCCUCCUCCCCCCUCACCACCUCCUCCGUCUCCCCCUCCUCCCUCUCCACCCUCUCCCCCUCCCUCCCCUCCUCCUCCCCCCUCGCCCCCGUCGCCCCCACCUUCCCCCCCUCCCCCCCCUCCAUCCCCUCGCAUGCGCACCCUUCGCCCUCCUCCGCGUCCCCCCAAGAGCAUGGGGGAAUACGUGCAACAGCUAUUCAAGAAACUCUGGCCGAAUCGCCCAUAG